UAUCCGUAGUGACAUCAUCCCCGUAGAGCCCACCCAGUCAGCUGUGCUAUUAAAGGUCCCUAGCUGAGCCCGCUAACAGAAAAAUAACAUUUUAGAAAAGCUAUCUUAGGGCUUUACAUUAUGGAUAAGAGUGCCACGCGAUACAAUGUGCAACUGUAUAUUUAUGAUUUAUCGAGAGGAAUGGCACGCAGCCUCAGCCCCAUCAUGUUAGGAAAACAACUGGAUGGUAUAUGGCACACGGCUAUAGUGGCAUACGGCGAUGAGUUCUUCUUCGGAGGGGAGGGCAUCUCCAGCUGUUCACCGGGUGGGACAAUGCUGGGACCUCCAGACACAGUAGUGGAGCUGGGUGAAACCGAAGUGUCCGAGGAAAUCUUCAUGGAUUACCUCUCUUCCCUGGGAGAGAGCACAUACAGAGGUGACAGGUAUCGUCUGUUUGAGCACAACUGCAACACCUUCACCAAUGAGGUGGCUCAGUUUCUGACGGGCCGGCCCAUCCCCUCCUACAUCACCGACCUUCCAUCCGAAGUCCUGUCCACACCAUUCGGGCAAAUACUGCGGCCCAUUCUGGACUCCAUCCACAUCGCCCCUCCAGGAGGUAAUGUCAUCAACGGGGGAAGAAACAUCUAAUCUGAGAGAGCAGCAGAGUCACAGAGUGUUCUCAAGGUCACUUCCAUUGUAGUCAGUCACUAAGAAGUCUCUAACUAGUUUUCUUUCUCUCUUUCUAUAAAUAAACUAGCAAUGUAGGUAAUUGCAGUUUUGGAAGCUAUAACUGAUAGAUGACCAGUUAAUCCUUAAAUGUAUUAUUUAAAUGUAAUUUCCUCCUUAAAAUCUAGUUGAUUGGUGAAUACUACUCAGUGGCAAAUCACUGCCCACUUCAUGAAGUUUGAGGGUGCCUUGGUCAGCUUAAAUCAAAUGCAAUGUACUGAGAAGUAGUUGGACAGCAACAAAGGACAGCUGGAAUUUUGCAUUAUACCAGCAUAGCCUGCUAUCAACAUUUACACACUGAAAGUUGAGUUUGAUGAAUGUUGCCUCCUCAGAAAUGCAUCUGUGGAGAGAUUUUUAGAAGUCAGUGGUAACAAAGUAUAUUUCACAAAGUAUUUUACUGAACAGAUUUGGGGCACUGCAACUUUUAGUAUAAUACAUUUUUGCAACACUACAGUAUAUACUUUUACUCGACAACAUGGAAAUAUUGCAUAUCCUAUAGCUGUAAUUAAAGCACCUACAACAUUAAAAUACCUCGUAGCACAUAAGUGCAUCAAGCUAAUUCAUUAUAUAAUCAUUUUGCUCAUUUUGGUGUUGCCACAUGAUUUUUUAAAUACUGAUUUUCAAUGUAGUUUUCUUAAUAAAAAUUUUAGUUCCCCCACAUAUCAGGUUUCACGCAAUGGUUUCUGCAGUGAGAAUCAUCUGCUGCUGACUACAAUGGAACUAAUCUGAGUGUACACUUUUGUAUAGAUAUGUUUAAUAUAUUCAAUUCAAUGGAUGCAGGUUGAUGGAAAAUAAGAAGAAGAUGGUUGAAUCUUUUAAUGUCAAUCAAAUUUUAAUUUAGUACUUUUAUGUUUUAUUUUACUUUUUGUUAUUUGGUAGCCUGAAUUUAAUUUCCCAUCGGCAAUCUUUUUGUACCUAUAAUAUUUGUCUCUGUUUCUGUUGAAUUCUUUGUGGUCGCCUAAUUAUCAUACCUGACAUUAUCAUUCCGUCCAUCACAGAGUUUGUGAUAUGAUAUACAGCAGGUGAUUGAUACCUAACUAGCUCAGAGGUCAUAAGCUUAUAUAAGAGAUUACAUAAACUUUGUUGAGUGUUUAUCUUCAUAGCAGUACUGGCACAGUUCACUAUAUAUUCAGUUAUUUCUGUGUACAUGGGAUUAAACCUUGGAUGUCAUCUGUUAAUGAAGAAAACACAGGAUAAAGUUCCACAGUGCUGUAAAAUAAUUUUCCAGACGAUCCUGGUUCUUUUUUUUCUUUUCUUUUUUUUUUGCAAAAUCUUCAGAAGUCAGAAAUAACCAACACUGUAGGGUCUUUGGUAUUAAAUCUACGCUCUGAAAUAAUUAAAAGUAAACUGCACCACAGCCCAGUUAUAUCACAUACAAGUUGUGAGUAAGUUGUGCCUCUUGGCUUGUGUUACCAGCUCCAAAGGAAGAUGCUGAUCACAAAUACAGUUGUUCCAUAAUUAUAAUUAUUUUUGAUACAUGUGUUCCAGUUGCCAUGUGGGUAAUUCUAAACAAUUGCAUAUCCACAGAUAUUUUUAACAUAGAGGUGACCAUAUGCGGGGCAAUGUCCUGCACUGUCGACUUAUUAACAACCUGCUUGAGUCCUUUAACAGCCACCAGAGUGUGUUUGAUAUACAAUACACCUCUGUGCCUUCAUCUCUCCCUCCGCAUGUUUCCAGUCUCACUGUUGGGGGUUGGCAUGGUUAUAGUAUAGCACAGAUGGUAUUAGGCAGUCUGCAUUAAAAAAUCUUUAUUUUAUGAUGGUCCAGAAACCUUAAAAAUGGUAACUUUUCUUAAAAAAAUUUAAACUAGGUGAACUCAAUAAUUUUCAUCAUGAAAUGCAGAUAAUGAACUAAAUAUUUAACUGUUUAAAACACAAGCAGUUUGAAAAUAAUCCAGAUUGAACAACAUCUGGAUCCAGUACUGUAGCUCACAGCCUAUAAUCUCAGUGUAUUAUCCACUGCACUCUGCCAUCAGAAAGAACAUAUAGCUGUCUGAUGUGUAGCAGUCUGAGUAGAUCAAAUGCUUUAGGGUUUAUCUGAUUAAGAUGACGCUACCACACAUGAACCACACUGAACCUCAUUGGCCUUUCCCUGCUUAAAUAAACAGAGUGAAGGAUGAACGAAGCACAGUAUAACAAGUCUCAAAGAAUGAUUAAACCAGCAUUAACUUUCAUCGUGUUCUCCUGCAAUAAAAUAAACCUUAAUACACAUUUUACCUUACAAGCAGUCACUGCUGGCUACUUUUAGAGAUUAACCUGUUAAACUUAAUUCCCAUUUAAGAGGCUAGAAAGCUCAGGUGAAUCUGGGUUGUGUUGUUUUGCCUUGUGCUAACCAACUAACUGACAUGCUAACCAGACCACUGAAAUGUAUUACUGCACAAGUCACCCUUUGUUGCUGUAAUGUGUGGUGUUGCUGACUGCUACCAGUAAUGUGAAAUUGCAACAGAUAUAUUUAUGGAUAUUAUUCCCUAUUUGAGUAAUCUAACUAUGGUAGAUAUGUUAAUGCAUAUUGUUUGUAUUGUUUCUGUAACUGCUUUUGUAAUUGACCUAUACAUAAAGCCAUUGACUGCAAA